AUGGGGGACGACGAUUUUUUUGGGAACAAUGCCACAACUCAUAAUCCACUCUCGCUCGACGAGCUCACAUCGCUGAGCAGACAGCUACUCAACGUCGCCUUCACCUUAUACUGGCGGGAUGAUCAAUCGCAUGCCGAGGAUCCAGGGAACCCACGAUAUACGUGGGGGAGCGUGAGAGAGAAAGUGACAAAGUGUCUAUUGGCUAUUCAGCGGCCGUUGGUUUUACCUUCCCUGGGUGGCGGGAACCCAUUUAGAGAAAGAAUAUGA